AGCCUGUGAUAGGAAAAGUUCAGGGCCAGUUAUUUGAGUUCCUCGAGAGAAACGGGCUAAUAUAAGGAUAUCGUUUUUUAUUUAUUCAUCAUCAUUAUUAUUAUCAUUAAGCAUUUAGUCUGUAACUGCCGUAUAUCUUGUCAUAACCUUCGACCCAGCAACGCCCCCUAGAUCCGGAGGUAUACUGCCAAAAAACAGGAAAGAAGAAGAAGCAGCAGCAGCAGCAGCAGCAGCAGCAGAAGAAGAAGAACUGUCGCUACAAUAAUAUGCCUCUAAUAUUGAACGGUAUUGUGGCAAUGUGUCCAGAUUUGGGAAUAGGCAGAGACGGACAUCUCCCAUGGCACCCCACAAGACUAAAUGAUGAAUUCAAAUACUUUCGGAAGAUGACUGCCACGGCAUCUGUGGAAGCUAAGAAAAAUGUGGUGAUAAUGGGCAGGAAGACAUGGUUUUCCAUCCCAGAAAAAAACAGACCUUUAAACAAAAGGAUCAACAUCGUCCUCAGUCGACAACUGAAGGUUCCCCCUACUGGCGCCCAUCAUCUGGCUCCUGAUUUCUGCUCAGCUCUCAGGCUGAUUGACACUGAACUGUCAGACCAGGCUGAUCAGGUCUGGGUUAUAGGAGGUAGCUCACUGUACAAGGAGUUGAUGCUGAGCCAAGGCACCAAAAGGUUAUUUGUCACGCAAGUCCUGAAACAGUUUCCAUGUGACACAUUCUUCCCUGAAUUCUGCUCAGACAAGUACAAUCUUCUACCUGGGGCGAAUCUCGCACACGAACUCCCCGGAUACAGACAGCACGUAACGUGUCCCACCAGAGGGGCACAGACUCUGGACCACUGCUACACCGUGAUCAAGGAUGCAUACCACUCUGCGGCUCGUGCAGCUUUAGGACUCUCGGACCACUGUCUAGUUCAUCUGAUCCCGGCCUACAGGCAGAAACUAAAAACUUCUAAGCCUGUGGUGAGGACUGUGAGGAAGUGGACAGUGGAGUCAAGGCAGGACCUCCAAGCCUGCUUUGACUGCACCGAUUGGGGAGUUUUCGAAGCUGCAACUUCAGACUUGCAUGAACUCACUGACACUGUCGCAUCAUACAUCAGUUUUUGUGAGGAUCUGUGUGCAGACUAAGACCUUCUCCACGUACAACAACGACAAACCUUGGUUUACACCGAACCUCAGGAGGCUGCGCAAAGUCAAGGAGGAGGCCUACAGGAGUGGCGACCGCGACCUGUUCAGGCAGACCAGAAACACACUGAACCGAGAGGUCAGGAAAGCCAGGAGGUGUUACGGGGAGAACCUGAAGAGACACCUCUCUGCCAAUCCUGAUCCCUCAACAGUGUGGAAAGGUCUGCAGAGCAUCACGGGCUACAAGAAACGAACCCCCCGUCCUGUGGAGAGCCCAAGGCUUGCUAACCAGCUAAACAAGUUCUACCGCAGGUUUGAUCGGUCCUUCCACACAACGGGACUUCCUGCAGCACAAUCUACAUACUCACCUCUCCCCACAACUGCUCUGUCCACACCUCUAUCAUCGUUGUCACAUACUCUCUCUCUUGCAGAGGCCGCGCCCGCACUCCAUAUCCGCGAGGAGGAAGUGCGCCAGAUGUUCCGGAGACAAAAGACCAGGAAGGCACCGGGCCCAGACGCCGUGUCACCUUCCAGCUUGAAAGUCUGCGCUGAGCAGCUGGCGCCCACCUUUGCAUGGAUCUUCAACCGUUCUCUGGAGCUGUGUGAGGUGCCCUCGUGCUUCAAGAGCUCCACCAUCGUUCUAGUGGCCAAGAAGCCCGCCAUCACAGGUUUGAAUGACUAUAGACCCGUCGCACUGACAUAUGUGGUCAUGAAAUGUUUCGAGAGGUUAGUGCUGAACCACCUGAAGGAGGUCACGGGCCUGGGACGGCACUACAUCCUGCACCACCUGGACACCCCAGGAACGUACGCAAGGAUCCUGUUCGUGGACUUCAGCUCGACGUUCAACACAAUCGCUCCUGACAUCCUCCAACAGAAGCUCAUCCAGCUUGCGGUGCCUGCCUCCACCUGUCAGUGGAUCACCAGCUUCCUGACCAACAGGAGAGAGCGUGUGAGGCUUUGAGGGCAUCACAUCUGACACCCGGACCAUCAAUACUGGAGCCCCUCAGGGGUGCGUCCUAUCCCCACUGCUCUUCUCUCUCUACACCAAUUAUUUCUUCUCAGGUGACUCUCCUGUGAAGCUCCUGAAGUAUGCAGACGACACCACUCACAUCAGACUGAUCCAGGAUGGUGAUGAGACGGCGUACAGACAGAAGGUGGAGCGGCUGGUCCACUGGUGCAGCCAAAACCAUCUGACCAUCUGACAUCAGCUGACGUCAGCUGCGCGACGGCGCGUCAGCAGCGCGGCGGUUGUUUACAUAAAGGACAAAGAUUGACUCGACGGAACUCUCUUUCACUUCCGUGGAUUGAAGUCGGGGGCCGGCGCUCGGCCGGGUUGCAGUCCAGGGACGGUGGAUCAGGCUCGGACAAUGCUUUUACGCACGCCCGCUCCUACUCUACCGAGCUGUCUUUCACCACCGUGGAUGGAAAUCGAGGGCCGGUGCUCAGCCGGGUGGCUGUCCGAGGACGGUGGAUGGGGCUCGGUCAUGGCUUUUACGCACGCCCGGUCCUAUUCUAUGGAGCUCUCUUCCACUUCCGUGGCUGAAAGUCCACGCCGCCACACGCCUGUAAGUUUGUUUUGUUAAAUAAACAGCCGUUUACCAAACCCACGUCUUUCCUUGAACUUUGUUAACGCUACAAUAUAGUUGUAUAGUAGAUCUGUGGAAUAACGACGAGGCUGACGUCAGGGCGCACGCGCGGCAAUGUUGACAAAGGACGAGGAAUUUGAUCGAUGGAUUUAAUGAUUUAGAGUGCACAGAUGGUUUGAUAACAUUAUUGCUUAUAUAAUAGUUGUUUGAUAUAUAAUUUAUAUAUCGUUAUAUGGGCCUGUGGAAUAUUUUGAAGUGCAAGAGCCGUCAGCGGCCGAACGCAUUGUUGACAAAGGACGAUUGAUGGAUUUAAUGAAUUGGAGUGCCGCAGAUGGUUUUAUAAACGUGUUAUUUAUGUAAUAGUUUUUUGAAUAACUCUGAAUUUUACGUCAGGGCCGUUCUCAGCUCUUAAUUUGUGUUUAUGUCACGUUAGCAUACCUAUCGUUUAGCCUGUUGUUGCUUGUUCAUGACUGUUCUUGGUGUUGGAUUUUGUCAAAUAAAUUGCCCCCCAAAAUGAGACUUAUACUCCGGAGCGACUUGUAUGUUUUUUUUCACUUUUUUGGGCAUUUUAUGGCUGGUGCGAUUUAUACUCCGGGGCGACUUAUAGUCAGAAAAUUACGGUAAUGAAUGUUAGGGUGUUGCUCACUCUAACUUUUUUUGCAAUAACCACACUGGAGUCAAGUUAGUCGUUUUAGGCACCUGCAGGCGGAGAGUUCACUCGUCGCUGUGCUUACAGCGAUGGUCGAAUGAAGUCUGACUCAGGCCUCGUCAGGUGCUUAUUUAUUGAGAGAAACAGAGUGGGGUUGAAAGUGGGGGUUUGGGAAUACACAGGUUGGGCUGCUGAUCAAAGCAUAGCAGGGGGCCUUUUACGACUUUCUGUAAACAAAGCAACUUUGAUUGCUUCCUCUGCGUUUAGUCAAUCAGUGGUAAACUAAUUUUGUCUAGACAGGACAAACUAAUUAAAUUAUUACAGGUUACAUUCCAACAUAAUCAUACGAUGAAGAUAUUCUGCAAACCCUAACAUAUCCCUCCUGUUUUAUCAUAUGAUUAUGUCAACCUCGAUCAAUCAAACAUAAGUAAGAAAAUACAAUGAAAGCAAUAACUUCCAGUGAAGAUGAGGUUUUUCCUCAAUACUCCAGUCCAAAGUAUGUGCAACUCAAAAAACCUGCGGCCAGAUUAUGUGCAGGAAAAGAGUUACACGGUCCCUCUGCCUUAGGCGACCAGACUGUUAUCAAUCAAGAUAAAAAACUGCUCGUGAUUGUUCAGCCGUUGGGGGCUUGGCACGCCCACUGGUGGAGGGUGAGCACGAUUCUCACCCCCUUCGCAGAUCUGCUCCGUCCGGGGAGAAUUUGGGAAUGUCUGCUGCGUGGUAGUUGUCUUCAGUGGCUCAGGGUGGACUACCUGGCCACCAAGGGGGAAGAGGAUUAUUCUGCCUCUGUAUGAACUGGGGCGGGGACUGUCGAUGGCUGAUCUGGUUCCUUGCAGGAACCCUUCACUGGGGCGCACUGGGACAGAUGAUACCACGAUCCUCCUUUGCCGGCCAGCCGGACGGCAUGUGAGAUGGGCUCAUUCGAGAUGUUUCUUCCGCUCCUCCCAUCACUGUGUGUUGAAUUCUUACGUGUCCUGUUAAGACUCCAAAAACAAUUACAUUUGACAAAACAUUGAAUCUUACAGUAGAUGAAAUCAUUCUACUACCCCACCGUUUUGACACAUUCACGUAAUGUGUCAGUAGCGUCGUUGGGGAGCGAAAAGGACCAGCAAGGUGUCUCGGACACAUUAUCAUACCCAUCCCAGCUGGACUAGAUGGUCCUGUCUUGUCCAGCCACAGGAAACGGGCCUUCUCCAUUGAACCAUUUGACGUCAAUGGUGCCCCUGAGUAAUCAUCAAAUCCUAUUCAUCUCGAUUUGUACUACACUUACAGGCGAGAGGGAUCUUAUCUUCAAUUGUGAUCACGUCGCCUCCACAUCAACCUACCUAGGCCAUUCAUAUGCGCGCACACACGUACAAACUAACAGACACAAAGGCACCCAUUCAUUCACCAUCACAUCUCAACCUCUGUCCCACCUUCCAACAUCCGUGGAGACAAUGGAACAGAACGGUCCAUGUGCAACACCACAGGAGCCGUCUCCCACAGCCUUUUCACACCACAAUACCACACUCCCCCUGCUACAGUCCAGCCUCAGUGGAGACAAUGGAAGGCAGGAAGGCACAGGUGAGACACCGGAGUCGCAAGCUCCUGCAAUCCUUCCACAAACCAAUUACAACAAAAGCCCAAAUCAUUUAUUUCCAUUUGGGAGGAUUACAACGGCCAAAUUUUACAAAUGACAAACCUCAAGACGCGACGCAGGUCCUGGAACCACAUCGACGACCGCCAAACGCAAAUGCCGGGUCAAGGACUGUUCUUCGCCUGUUCUUUGCAACUCUUGUAGUCAAUUCUAUUGCCCUUUUGAACUGGGUAGAUAGGGGUGUUUGCGAGAAGAGUUUGAGCACUUCCUAAUGAUUCCCCCUAACCAAAGACCAUUUAUGACAGGGGUUAUCCCAUUUAUUGCCUCCUGUUUUAGAGGAGAUUCUCUGGUCUUUGUCGGAUCUGGGCUGGGGGAAUGGAUGUUAAGUCCUGUAGCAAAUGGUUCCUUUGAUCAGUCAAACAAAUGUUGAUUAGCCUAAGCGCGUGCCCUUCCAAACACGUACAGCACUUCCUCAUAGCUUCUUUAGUCAUUUUUCAAUCAUCUUCCAAUUGUUUACAGCACAAGUUAGAAAAGCUCGAGAAAAUUUUAACGUAAUAGCAUGACGCCAAAUGUGUUAGAGAAUCCAUAUGUCGUAAAGUGUUGUAUUUUUACUAUCUUUCACUAUCUGUCCUACUCACUCCCCCCUUCUGAGGCUUGGCAUCGCCCAUGCCUCACACCUUGACAAACCUUUUUGGGAGAAUGUGUUCUUUACUACAUAUGAGUCCAUCAUUUAAUUUGACUUCCUUUCCAAAACGCUUCUCAAUAUCCCACUUCACACAUCUUCUGCAUGUGUUACUGGUUCUCCAGUUUUUUUUUUUUUAGCAUUUAACUUAGAUUUCGUUGCACGUGUUACAAUGACAAAUAAAGAUCUACCUAUCUACUCAAAAUCACUCUUCCUUCAAAGUCGCUCGACUAAUUUUCCAUGGUAGCCUCCAACAACUUCAACCACUCAAGCUGUAUUUUCCUUUCAGUCAGGCAUUCAGUCAUCAAUGCUCAUUUGCAUCUCA